UUCGCGAUUCAGCCAAUUUAAAAGCGCUGGAUUCUGGAAAGUAUGAUCAGAUUAGUCCAGAACGAUUCCCACAUAAUAAAAAAAUGGAGGCAAGAUGCCAACUAGCUUUAUAAAACGACCAACCAAACACUAGAACUUCAGACAUGAAGAAAUUGGGCUCAAAAUUUGUACUAUGUAAAUUCCUUUUUUCCAACUCUUCUCUUCCAAAACCACGGCCAACCUGUUAUUCCCGCUCAACUCGUCUCUUUUCUGUUACAAGCGGUCACUUCAAAAAUGAUCCCUCACUGCAAAGUUCCAAGCCCGUUUCAGAUUGCAGAAAUCUUGUAUCUUUUCUUGCCCGGUGCAGAACGACGCGAGAUUUGAAGACUUUGCUCUCUGCACUGAUUUCGCAGGGAUUAAUCAGCCCGGAAAUUCUCACUAAACAUUUCAUCAAACGGUGCUAUGAUUUGGGUGAUCUCGAAUUAGUUUUUUCCGCUGCUAAAUUAGUUGGAACGAAAUCGAGGCUCUUAACACAGAAUUUGAUGCUAAAGUGGUUGUGCGAUAAUGGGUUGUUUGAGGAUGUUUUGAUAUACUUCGAAAAGUCUAGGUUUUCUGGGUGCCCGUCUGAUAAUUAUACGUUUCCACUAGUUCUUAAAGCUUGCGCUGCUUUGAAGAACAUUUCUUUGGGUAGGAUUCUACAUGGAGUAGUUUUGAGAAAGGGCUACGUUGAAAAUGUAGUAGUACAGACAGCUAUAGUCGGAUUCUAUUCGAAAAAUGGUCGAAUUUCGACUGCACGUCUAAUGCUUGAUAGAAUGCCUGAUCCAGAUGUGGUUGCUUGGAAUGCAUUGAUUUCAGGUUGUAGUGCGAAUGGAUAUGAUGAAGAGAUUCUUGAGCUUUUUCAGGAGGCAUUAGCAAUAGGUUUGAGGCCAAAUGUGAGCACUUUGGCAAGUCUAAUUCCCGUUUGCUCCAGAUUUGCGUGUAUUCAUGCUGGAAAAUCUCUGCAUGGCUUGGCGAUUAAAAGUGGAUUCAUUAUGGAUGAAUCCCUUAUUCCAUGUCUAAUCUCAAUGUAUGCUAAUUGUGGUAAUUUUCAGCUGGCCAAGAGUAUCUUUGAUUCCUUUCAUGACAAGUCUAUUGCCAUUUGGAACUCGAUGAUAUCUGCAAGUACUGGAAACCAGAGAUCAAACCAUGCAUUUGAACUGUUUCUUGAAAUGCUUCAAGAUGGCUUGCAUCCGAACAUGAUUACUUUUGUAUCAAUUGUUCCUGCUUGUGACAAUUUCACUCCCUUCUGGCAUGGUGACUCUCUUCAUGCUUGGGUUGUAAAAUAUGGACUAGUGAAUCAUAAUUCUGUAGGGACAGCCUUGUUAUCCAUGUAUGCAAAAGUUGGAGAUAUAAAAUCUGUCGAACGUGUCUUCAACAGCAUCCAGCAGAAGAAUUUGCUAUCUUGGAACUCACUGGUUUCAGCAUACGUCAGCAACAGCCUCUUCGGUGCCAGUUUUAAUACAUUCCGUGAAAUGCAGUUGGCCGGAGUCAAUCCAGAUGAAAUAUCUGUUAUCAGUAUUCUGUCUUCGUGCUCUGAGCUAGAUGAAGCCUUUUUGAUGGGGAAGUCCGUCCACUCAUUUAUUCUAAAGAAGGGAAUCGAGUAUAAUCUCAAUGUAUGCAAUGCUCUGCUGGCAUUUUAUUCGGGUUCUUGUUCAAUGUAUUCUGCUUUCGGUGUUUUCAAUAGAAUGAGUAAACAAAAUAUUAUUUCGUGGAAUAUCAUCUUAUCAGGAUGCCUGUACUCUGGAAAAACAGAGAUUGCAUUCGGCUUAUUUCAUCGGAUGCUGCAAGAAGAUAUUGGUUUUGAUUUGAUUACACUAAAGACCCUACUCCCUGCUUGCAAUGAAAAUGGAGGUUUGAUGCUAGGAGUGUCUAUUCAUGGAUAUUCUGUGAAAACUGGGUUUGACUCUGAUGUUUCUUUCACUAAUGCCCUUGUUAGUAUGUAUUUGGGAUGUGGAGAUAUAGAAUCAGGUACAUAUCUAUUUGAAAACAUGACUUGUAGAAAUGUCAUUUCCUGGAAUGCUCUUCUAUCAGGACAUUGCCAACUCAAUAUGCUUAUUGACAUUGCUGGCUUUAUUCAAAGGAUGACAGAGGAAACGCAGAAACCAAAUUACAUUACAUUGUUGAGUUUAUUGCAGUUAUGCAACAUCUCUGUUCAAGGCAAGGCAAUCCAUGCAUAUGCUGUAAGGGCAGGGUUCAUGCAAGAAACUCCUCUUCUCACAUCUCUGAUGCUAAUGUAUGCUAGAUUUGGGAGCGCUAAAUCAUGUCAGUACAUUUUUCAAAUGGGACAAAAUGGGAGUCUUUCCAUGUGGAAUGCAGUUAUAUCAUCACACUUACUGUUAACUGAUGCUGUCUCUGCGUUUUCUUUUUUUAUUGAUAUGCUUCGAAGGGAGGUAGACCCUGAUUGUGUCACUCUUCUCUGUGUGAUAUCAGUUUGUGUUCAGAUAAAUAACUUGACUUUCAGCGAUGCCAUCUUUGCUUAUCUGAUUCGGAAAGGAUUUGACGAGCAUGUUUCCAUCAACAAUGCCCUAAUCGAUCUGUAUGCAAGGUGUGGCGACAUUUCUGUGGCUAGAAGGCUGUUCGAAUUGCUUCCUGGAAAGGAUGCUAUCUCAUGGAGUGUGAUGAUUAAUGGGUAUGGUUUACACGGUGAUGGCCAAGCUGCUUUGUCUCUCUUUUCAUGCAUGAGGGCUUCUGGUAUGAAACCUGAUGGUGUCACUUACUUAAAUAUAUUAUCAGCAUGCAGCCAUGCUGGUUUGGUUGAGGAGGGAAGAACAAUAUUCCACUCAAUGAUAGAUGAUGGGAUCCUACCAAGGAUGGAUCACUAUUCUUGCUUCGUUGGCCUUCUUUGUAGAACAGGUUAUCUGGAUGAGGCUUAUGAUAUCCUAAGGAAUUUACCCUGCAAAUUUUCUGAAGAGAUACUUGUCUCGUUGUUAGGUGCAUGUCUAACACAUGGCAACAUUCAGCUCGGGGAAGAACUUGGUAAGAUGAUUCCAGGGUUGCAAUCAACACAUUCAGGGCUGUACGUGAUGCUUCACAACAUAUAUGCAGCUGCUGGGAGAUGGACAGAUGCCAAUAGGAUAAGGUCAGAAAUGGAAGAAAAGAAAUUAACAAAAGUAGCUGGCGUUAGCAUGGUGGAGGAAAAUGGAUAAUGAUUGCAAUUCCUACAUGAUAGCAGAAAGGCAAGUCAAUCCGCUUUGUGCUGGGAGCCAAAGGGAUAAAUUUGGCUAAUGUGUAGAAACCGAAGGGCCAAGUUUGAAAUCGGCUACAUGGAAAAUGCGCACUCAAAGCUUGUAUGAACUCCACUAAUGAAGUUGUGAAAUGGUGAAAGCAGAUUCCUAUAGCUUUGGGAGCUGCAGUUAUCAACCCUUGCAGAUUACAAGAGAUAUGUAAGCCACUGCUUAUGCCUGGCUUACUGCAUCUUCCUCUCCGGGUCUGUUUUUCUCAUCAGUCUGCAUCCAUGUAAAACCAGAGUUAUGAUGUCAAAUGUGAUUAGUACAGAACGUACAUUUUUUGAAUUCUGAGUACAUAAAGCUUUAGUUGGACAAUUCCAGUUGCAC